CGGACAGGGUCCCCACGACUGCGGGCGGCCAACAAGAAUCCGUCGGCGUAUUUUUAGCCGGCGAGCGAGGCGCCAUCUGCGCGCCAAAAUUGGGAGCAGCGGCUGCGCGGCGGCAGUGCGGGUUCACUUCGGGUCUAGUCAGCGAGGGGUGCACAGCGCAACAUCCCACCGCACCAACAACACCAUGGCCGACCUCGCUGCCAGGGAUGUUGAGAGGGCUCAGUUUGCCUUCUCCAUCUACGACUUCGAAGGCAAGGAGGAGGUUGACGCCUACUACUUGGGCGACGUGCUCCGCGCGCUCAACCUCAACCCCACCCUGGAGAUGAUCGAGAAGCUCGGCGGGCAGAAGAUCAAGAAGCAGAAGAAGCUGAAGCUGGACGAGUUCCUGCCGAUCUUCUCGCAGGUCAAGAAGGACAAGGACCAGGGUGGCUUCGAAGACUUUAUGGAAUGCCUGAAACUCUACGACAAGGCCGAGAACGGCACCAUGAUGGCGGCUGAACUCUCACACGUCCUGCUCUCCCUCGGUGAGCGGCUGUCUGAUAAGGAAGUUACGCAGAUCAUGGCCGAGUGCUGCGAUGAAGAGGACGAGGAUGGCUUUAUUCCAUACGAGCGUUUCAUCAAGCGAAUGCUGGCUGGCCCUUUCCCUGAGUCGGCCGCGUAGUGUGCCCUAGCCGCGGUCAGCGCCUCGCCCAGCGCAGGUAAACGAAACAACAUCUCGACCCAUCUUUCACUGGGAGGCCACCUCCCCACCGCCCUGCCACCUGGCGGUGCCACCACUCAGCAGCUGUGUACAGUCUCCGGCACGUGACCCGACGCAGGGCGCGCGUGCCCGCCGGCCGUUGGCGCCGCCCGGAUCGGCCUGGGUGCGGCGCCCACCGGCCGGCCGGCCGCCGCCGCGCACUCCUUCCAAGGACGUUUUUAUAAGCUCUGUCUGCUCGAACCCAUACAUAUGUAUAUUUCACUUGUGAUGUGUGUAUACUGGCGCGAUGCGCGUGUGCGUGUGGCGUGCAGCUGUCCGCAGCCCACUGGCGGUGGGUGGACUGAGUGCGAUCUAGUCAUCUCUCGUUGCAGAGAGCGUCCCGAGACGGAGCUCUGGCGCGAGAGCCCCGCGGUCGGCGCCCGUCCCGCUGCCUAUCUGUCUGUUUGUCGGUGUGUCAGCGUGCCCGUCGUCCGCGUCCGUCCGUGGUCCGUCGUCCCCCCUCCCCCGACAACUUGACAUCACAGAAGUGUCAGCAUCAUCAGUCAGUACCAUCCGGCAAAUCUGUUAUAUCAAGUUUCGGAACAACGUGUAAAUAAAUUUGUAAAUUGUG